AUUUGAUCUGUAGCAUCGCCACCCACUGCUUUUCACCACCUUGCCUGUCUGUGAACGUGCGCAGGCAUAUCGGGUACACCUGUUCAGCGUUGCUGGCACACAAGACAAUUGCCACGAUGAGUGCCUCUGGGCGAAAAAGCCGUGACCUUAUCGAGAGGGUGCGCUAUCCGAAUCCCAUCCCGCUGCCUCCGUAUCCUCCCAAGCUCACCAAGGUCGAGACACCGAGCUCUCGCUAUGCGGAUGGGCCCGAGACGCAGGGGAAUGUUGGAGGGAACGCCGGCCUGCGCUUCACUUCGAGGCUUGCGCAGGCAAACUCGCUUCCCGUGGUCGUGGAUGCUGAGGAAGGAAUGCCACUUGAUCUAAAUCUCUUUUCUGGCGCCUGGACAGGAAAUUUGAAAGCUGUCGCGCCGCACGAUCUCAUAAGUGCUGAAGCGCUGAAUCUCGAUCCAGAAGACGAGUUUCUGCUGGGCGCUAUUGCAAGAACAACAGUCGGCGGAUCGAGCCCCUCUCAACAUGUCGGCUCGUAUGCUACAACUGGUGUCAAUGGCGCUGUCAGAAGUUCGCAGGCAGGGCUCGGUCCGAGCGUGGCCCCUCGCGCUAGUGCUGCCGGAGUCACUUGGCUCCGAAGAACUGAAUAUCUCGGAAUGGAGCAGAUCCGAUCGGGCACUCGUAAAGAAAAGAGGCCACGGAAGCUAAGCAUUGACACAUCUCGUGAGGCGCAAAUCGACCGUAUCAACAGAACAUUUGCCAAAAUCAAAACGCAGCCCCUCUCCGAGCUCAAACACCCGACCAAGGGGAAUCUUCGAGCGGUACAGAGCUGGGACCUGUUACCGGAUGCAGAAACAUGGAGCACAAAUUUCCAGAUCGUCCGCUUUCAAGAUUGGCCAGGGCGCGUCAAAGACGGCAAGCCAAUCGCGGAUCCGCGUGUUUCAUCCGCACUGCUGCGCCCCGUCCACACCGACCUGAACGAGCAGCGCAUCUCUUUCUACCUCAUCACCCCCGAAGACGAGGACAGCGUCACCGCGGCAGCCGCAGCCGAUGCCAAGGCGGGUGAUACGGGCGACGGUGCAUCUGCUGCGGAUCAAGAUGGGGAGGACGAGGAACUAUUUGGAGAUGACGAGGAGACAGCCGCACCCAAGAAACGUAAAAGGGACGAUGCUGUAGCCAAGGAAGCGAGUAUUGAGGAGAACAUCACGAAAAGUCACCAGAAUGUUGAGCAAGAGAUUGCAGAACGGUAUGAGAAGAAGCGCAGGACGGGGCAUGUAACACCACAGCCCGAACAGGAAGGCGAGGAACCUUCCGCCGAUGAUUACACAAGCUUCAAAUUCCACCGCGACUACCAGCCUGGCGAGCAGGACGCCGCACAAGCGAGCUCGCAGUACGUCUUUGUGUUUGACGACAGCUCAGGAAUACCACCACAGAGCGACCCAGAGAGGGCCUGGCGUGCGGAACAGCGGGCCGGGCUUGGUGGUGACGACGCAGCAAAAGCAGCAACUAAAGGCAAGCAGUCGCAGCGCCAGAUUGCGUACUGGCACCCAAUUGCAAUGCGCUACACACUCAGGCAAAAGCGUAUUAGGAGGAACGAAUCUCGCCGCUACGGUGGUAUGUGGGACAGGAUUCGUCUCGCAGAGCGGGAACCGCUCGAAAAGGAAAUCAAGAAACGAUGGCGGCAGCGUCGUCUCGUCGACCACCUCGACGCGCGCCUGGAAGCUGUCCUGGACGAGUCAGAGGGCGAGAUGGAAGAUGCGGAAGGCGAGGUGGAGGAAGGUGCUGCGACGCACGAUGCGCUCCACACAGAUACCCACGCGGAUACCACUGUGCGCGACAGGCAUGAGCCGGACGGGGACGCAUCUAUGGAAGAUGCAGGUGUUGCGGCCAAGGACAAAGUAGCGGGCAACAAGGAUAGCGGCAGCGAUCGCAGCGACGGCGAUGAUGGUGAUGACGACGACGACGAUGACGAUUCUGAGAGCAUCGAUGCAGAUGAGGAACUCAAGGCGCUAGCAGAAGAGGCAGAAGGACAGCAGGACGAUACUCCCGUCGAGGGAAGGCGCCGGAGAUCGGCGGCAGCAGCUGCAGCCAACUCUGGACCAUCCGAUGGCGACGCUGACGCUGACGAUGAUGAAGAGUAGCCUCCACCUACCUGUAUCAAAAGUAACAUGGAACCCAUUGGCGGAUCUGCCAACUUCCGCUUGAAUGCGA